AUGGGCAGAGGGAGGGUUGAGCUGAAGAGGAUAGAGAACAAAAUCAACCGCCAAGUUACUUUCUCAAAAAGAAGGAACGGUUUGCUCAAGAAAGCCUAUGAGCUCUCAGUUCUCUGUGAUGCUGAGGUUGCCCUCAUCAUUUUUUCAAGCCGUGGAAAGCUCUAUGAAUUUGGAAGUGUUGGCAUUACCAAAACUAUUGAGCGAUACCAACGUUGCUCUUUUACUCCUCAAGAUGACCAUGUUGAAUGUGAAACUCAGAGCUGGUACCAAGAGGUGUCAAAGCUAAAGGCAAAGUAUGAGUCUCUUCAAAGGACUCAAAGGCAUUUGCUUGGGGAAGAUCUUGGACCACUGAGCAUAAAGGAACUGCAGAAUCUUGAGAAACAGCUUGAAGGAGCUUUAGCACAAGCUAGGCAAAGGAAGACACAAAUUAUGAUUGAACAAAUGGAAGAGCUUCGCAGAAGGGAACGCCACCUUGGAGACAUGAAUAAGCAACUUAGACUCAAGCUUGAAGCAGAAGGAUUUAAUCUUAAGGCUAUGGAAAGCUUAUGGAGCUCUACUUCAGCUGCUGGAAAUAGCAGCUUUCCCUUUCAACCAGCUCAAACCAACCCUAUGGAUUACCAGGCAGAACCCUUUUUGCAAAUAGGGUACCAUCAAUAUGUUCAAGCCGAGGCAUCUAAUGUUCCUAAGAGCAUGGCUUGUGAGACUAACUUCAUGCAAGGAUGGAUCCUUUGA